AUGAGCCUCGCAAAAUCUACGUCAUCUGCUUCAAGGACGCUGUACAGCGCGGCCCGCGGACACACUCGCAGAAUCCACCAGUCAUCAGCCCGACGUGCGGUCACUUCCAUGCAGAUGCCCGCAAUGUCGCCGACAAUGACCGAAGGCGGCAUUGCGCAGUGGAAGAAGCAGGCGGGCGAGGCCUUCAGCGCCGGCGACGUGCUCCUGGAAGUUGAAACGGACAAGGCGACAAUCGACGUAGAGGCGCAGGAAGACGGGAUAAUGGGCAGAAUUCUGCUUCCAGACGGAACGAAAAAUGUGCCCGUUGGCAAGGUCAUUGCGCUGCUCGCUGAGGAGGGGGACGACAUCUCGAACCUUGAGGCGCCGAAGGAAGCGGCCGCACUGUCCCCACCAAGCUCUGCGCCCGAGUCGAAAGUCCCAGCCUCUCCCUCGCCGUCAUCAUCGCAUCACGAUGGCGGACACGUGAGCAUCUCUGGUCCCCUCUUCCCCUCGGUGCAGCGCCUGCUCUGGGAGCACGCUGCCUCCAUACGCGACGCGUCGCAGAUCACGGGCACAGGGGUGCGCGGGAUGCUCACGAAAGGCGACGUGCUCGCAUUCCUGGGCCUUGCGUCGCACCCGCUCGGAAGCGCCAAGAACGCGUUAGUGAGGAAGCAAGAGGGGGCGGUGGCGCAGAAAGCGGUGAAGGAGGAGGGGGCACUGGACGGAGGGGCGCUGCGGCGUCUGAUCGUGUCGACGAUGCUGCAGUCAUCACUGCGUGCGCACAAUGGGCGGGGCACGACGCAGGCGGACUUCGACUCGGUGAUAGCGGACUAUCUGCCGCCCCCCGCGAGCACAGCGCGGGCACCUCCGCAGGGCAAGGCGGAGGAGUUUCUUGAGGGGCUGUAUUGA